AUGCGUGCGCUUCCCUACAACAUGACGCCUGCCGACGAGCGGCUUCCCUGCGCAGACAACCCGAGCUGGCGAGACCAGGACGGCGCCUCCUGCCGCAAGAUAAUGUGCAACCCGGGCGAGAACAUCACGGUCUACUGCCCGGCAUCCUGCAACGUGUGCUCGCCGGGUCUAGAGCGCUUUGUCGAGUGCUUGAAGGGCGGCUCGAACCUCUACGGCUGCCAGUCAGCCUCGAAGGUUGCAGUGUGGCAGGAGUGCACGAAGCCCUACGACAACGAGACCUGCUGGGGAUACGUCGAUCUCCCUGUUAAGUACAGCAUGGAGUACAGCUCCUCCAGCAUCCAAUGCUGCGUGGAAGUGACAUGGAAACUGUCAUUUCCAAACACGCGGCUGAUGACCCUACUGGGUGACGAUUACGACCUUGGCCUGACCGAUAUCCUGGGUCUUCUCAAGUGGGUUGCUGUCCUGGUCAUGACCUGGUCCAUUCAGGAGUCGCCCUUCCUGCUGCCUAGCCCUGCAUCCAGCGACUUUAUGAAAACCGUUUGGCUGGAUCUGCUCGACAGCCUCGUCAUGUUUUCCCGCUUCUUUCAGAGCGAUCUACUCUUGCUGCCGCAGUAUGGGGUACAAGCGAAUGGACACCCAUCACCUGAGGGGGAUUCGGAUGCGCUGAGGCAUUGGUUUGGAAUCACAUGGUGGAUUGCUUCACUGGGUUCGGUGCUCUCGCCGAUCGUCUACACCUGGUUCAGGUUCCAGGGGCCACCAGGCGGGAUCGUCAUAUCAGGCUGGAGAGAUGUCUUUUGCCUCCAUGGCCAUGGCCGAGGCACCGCGAGAGUCAGGCCAGCAAGGAGCAGGGGGGCACGCCUUUACUCACCAACGACGCGGUGCUUCAAGAGCUCGCUGAACGAGUACGGGUUCUUGACAGACACUGGGACCGCGCUUGGAAAUCGUGUUUGA